UUGAAUUUUAUCACACAUACAAUUAUCGCUUAGAUACCAUGGCAUGCGACGGGCAAGUUCUGAGAAACUCGUCUGAUUUUGCCGUUUUAAACUCCUUUGGCCGGGACUUUUACAAGGUCUUGACUAAGAUAGAUGGAAAUGUAAUCGCAUCACCACUGAGCUGCAUGUUUGCACUUGGCAUGAUCCAUGCUGGUGUUAAGGGCUGCACAAAAGUUCAAUUAGCGCAAAAAUUGAAACUUCCUGAGGACGGUGCUUGUGCUGCGGAAUUAUUUCUGCAUGUUUCAAAUCUUUUGAAGGAUAUUCAAAACGUCGAGCUGUCUUUGGCCAACAAAGCAUUUGUGGCUGACGGUCUAGACAUUUUGGAGGAGUACUAUUCUGUUCUCCAAAAAUCAUUCUUUGCUGAAGCGGAGAACCUGAAUUUUGCCCUUGAAGAUGCGACGGACAAAAUUAACUCUUGGGUCAAAAAUAGAACAAUGGAUAAAAUUGUAAAACUAUUUGAUGAACCGUUUGAUGUAAAUACGAGACUGGUUUUGGUAAACGCUAUUUACUUCAAAGGCAAAUGGGCCAGUCCUUUUGACCCCGAAGAAACUUACUCGGCCGAUUUUCACCCUGGUUCAAAGAGCCCCGUGAAAGUCCCAAUGAUGUACCAAAGAGGUGCCUUUGUGCAUACCCACAUGCAGGACUAUGACGCACAGGCUCUUGUUCUGCCUUAUGCGGGCGGUGAUAUAAGCAUGGUGAUAAUGUUGCCGAACAAACCUGAUGGGCUGGAAGAGCUGGAAAAGAAACUCGGAGCUGUAGAACUGAGGGAAAUCUUAAAGGACGCUAAUUCUACAGACGUUGAACUAUUCUUGCCUAAAUUCAAAACGGAGACUACCAUAGAACUAGGCCCUUAUCUUGCCCUGAUGGGACUAGAAUUCCUUUUUGAAGGUAGUGCUGAUUAUUCCGGCAUUUCAAAAAAUGAGAAAUUGUCUUUGACUCGCAUGGUCCAAAAGGCGUUCAUUGAAGUAAACGAAGAAGGCACAGAAGCCGCUGCGGCUUCUGGAGGAUCGUUUGAGCGCUCAGGGGCAGAUGUCAGAUUUUGCUGCAAGCAUCCGUUUCUCUACUUUGUAGCCUAUCGUGGCCAAUUCAGUCUCUUUGGCGGAAGAGUUUCCUUGCCUACAUUGAACUAAGACUAAUGAUGAAGAAAAAAUAAUAUAAGUGAAAACAUCUUUCAGAAAUUUAUGUCAAUAAAGGCAUAUAUAUUUAACCUUAUGUAUUUUUUAAAUCAAAAUAUCGUUUGGAUUAAGUUGAAUUGGAUUAAGUUUUAUUUUUUGUAACACUAUAUUUGUAACAACAAAAAUAUAAUAUCUGCCGU